AUGGGAGCAUGGUCAUCAAUCAACGACACUGUAUUUAAUUGCGAUUUUGUCGAAACGCACUGCAAAUCAGGCAAUGAAACCAGACGAUAUAUUCACAUGCAGAUAGCAGAGCAGAAGUCAGCAACGGAUAAGAAUCUCGACCCGCAGAGAAAUCCCGAUGUGGUGUUAAUGGUGAUUGACUCCGUGGCAUCAACGCAAUUUAUAAGAGGUCUACCGAGAACAGUGAAUUUUCUUCUGCACGGAAUGGAAGCCAUAGAGUUCCGCAAGUUCAACAAGGUUGGAUCUAAUAGCAGGCCGAAUGCGUUCCCCGCUUUGGUUGGAAAAACCACGGAAGCGAUAGUAAGAAAGCCAAUGAACUUGCCCACAAUACCAGCUGAUUUGACAUACGACCAGUACUGCAGACGUUAUCUCGAUAAUGAAUCCUACGUACCACUCAUGUACAAGAAAGCUGGAUAUAAGAUGUUCGGUGCUGAGGACUACGUGACGAGCAUUCUGAAUUAUCCAAAUUGCCUCGGAACGAAGGCACGACAGUUUCAGCAUUCGUUCAGACCAUUUCACACAAGACUUAAUAGAGACGACCAGCUGAGGAGAGUUCAUCUGCAAGGUUCUUGUCGGCUAGUGCAUGACAAUAUGUUAAACUACCUCGCGCACUUCGUUAAUUCCUACGAGGGUUCCCCGAAAUUUUCACUAACAUGGUUCGUCGAUUUGGCUCAUGACAAUACCAAACUGAUCUACCGUAGCGACUAUGAACUGUACGACUUUUUCCUGAAGAAUAGAGAUGCGCUGAACAACUCUUUCAUAUUCUUCUUUGGUGAUCAUGGGCCACGUUUCGGUUCGGAAGCUGGCACGAAAUUUGGUGUUCGCGAACAGAACAAUCCAUUCCUCUAUGUGGUACUGCCAAAGCAUUUGCGACAUAAAAAAGUUUAUCAGCAGAUGUUGAGAAACAGUCAAGAACUCGUCACUCAUCACGAUCUUCAUUCCACCCUCGAGGAUAUCCUCUAUAAUCAGCCUUCGACGAACUUCUCGGAUCUAUCGUUCAAACGGUUCGACAGUAAUCCUCGUGGUUCUUCUUUACUCCGGCAGUUCGAGAUUGGCGUCGAACGCACAUGCAAAACAUUACCAAUACCGUUUCAAUACUGCAUAUGUCAGUACAAGAAGGAGAACGUCACGUGA